UAUUUUUUUUUGUUGUUGCGUGAGAUCCGGACAGACAGUACGCCAUUUUGUACUUUCGGCGCCCUUUUCCGAUCACCACACCUCUCUCUCUCGAUCUUCACGGCCUCGCAUGCUUUUCAUAUCUCUGCAAAAUUAGGGUUUUUACUCUCUUCUCCUCCAAAAACUCCAUAAUCAUCUCAGCUUCUGAGCCCUACUUUUGAAUCUCGGUCUCUCUCCCUUCUCUUUUUUCAUUCAACUUAGGGUUUACAGAUCUAAACCACUCUCGCUUGAAGUUCUCGCCUCGACGCCUGUGUAUAUAUAUAUAUAUAUAUUCAGUAUGUUUUGGAAAUUCACAGGUCUCUCUGCUUCUUCACCGGUCGAGUCAAUAUUAGACAAGGAAAAUUUCACAUUGGAAGAGCUUCUGGAUGAAGAAGAGAUAAUCCAAGAAUGCAAGGGUUUAAACAGCCGUCUCAUUAAUUUUUUGCGAGACAGAGCCCAAGUGGAGCAGUUACUGCGGUAUAUUGUUGAAGAGCCUCCAGAGGAUGCUGAAAGCAAACGAACCUUCAAGUUUCCUUUCAUCUCAUGUGAGAUAUUUACAUGUGAAAUUGAUGUCAUUUUGAAGACCUUAGUUGAGGAAGUAGAGCUAAUGAAUUUACUUUUCUCCUUUUUGGAACCAAAUCGUACACAUAGUGCUUUGCUGGCUGGGUAUUUCAGCAAGGUUGUUAUAUGCCUGAUGAUGCGGAAGACGGUUCCACUUAUGAAUUAUGUUCAAGCCCAUCAGGAUGUGUUUCACCAAUUGGUUGAUUUGAUUGGUAUCACUUCCAUCAUGGAGGUUUUGAUUCGACUUGUAGGUGCUGAUGACCAUUUUUAUCCCAAUUCUCUGGAUGUGAUGCAGUGGUUAGCUAAUAGCGAUUUACUAGAAAUGAUUGUGGAUAAACUGAGUCCAUCUAGUUCUCCUGAAGUCCAUGCUAACGCAGCAGAAACUUUAUGUGCUAUAACUCGUAAUGCGUCGUCAGCUCUUGCUGCUAAACUUUCUAGCCCAAGUUUUGUCGGAAGGAUAUUUGGUCAUGCGCUGGAAGACUCAAAUUCAAAAUCAGCUCUUGUCUACUCAUUCUCUGUGUGUAUUUCUUUGUUAGAUCCAAAACGAUCAAUUCCUUCUUCCUUGUUUUAUUCCAUCCGAAGUCAACAGAUGUACGAGUCAUUGUCCCCUGCUAAUCCCGAUACUGUUGGUGCAAUGCUGCCCAAGCUUGGUGAUUUGCUGAUGCUGUUGAAUGUUUCAUCUGACGAGAAGAUUUUACCUACAACAUAUGGUGAAUUGAGGCCUCCUCUCGGGAAGCAUCGUCUCAAGAUUGUGGAGUUCAUUGCUGUGCUAAUGAAAACUGGCAAUGAAGUUGCCGAGAAGGAAUUGGUCAGCUCAGGGACAAUUCAGAGAAUCCUUGAUCUCUUCUUUGAGUACCCAUUCAAUAAUUCAUUGCAUCAUCAUGUGGAGAGUAUUAUACUUUCAUGCUUGGAGAGCAAGAAUAGUACAAUUGUUGAUCAUCUUCUCCAAGAGUGUAGUUUGAUUGGAAAAAUUCUCCAGUCAGAUAAACAUCCCAUUCUUUUGAGUGACCUAAAUCAGCCAACUUUACCUGCUGCUGGGAAAUGGACACCACGGGCAGGAAACCUAGGGCACAUUACACGGAUAUCUAAUAAGCUUGUUCAACUUGGAAACAGCGACAAAUUUAUUCAGGCAUUUCUUCAGGAAAAUAGCGAAUGGAAUGAUUGGCAAACUACUGUUUUACAGGAGCGUAAUAUUGUGGAAAAUGUCUACAGAUGGGCUUGCGGGCGCCCAACUGCAUUGCAAGAUAGGACAAGGGAUAGUGAUGAGGAUGAUCUUCAUGACAGAGAUUUUGAUGUAGCAGCUUUAGCAAAUAAUCUUAGCCAAGCAUUUAGAUACUCGAUGUAUGAUAAUGAGGAUGCUGAGGAGGUAUUAGUGGACUCUAUUGGCAAUGGGGCUCUUGAUCGAGUUGAUGAGGAUGUCUACUUUGAUGAUGAGUCUGCUGAAGUUGUGAUAUCGUCUCUCAGGCUAGGCGAUGACCAGGGGAGUUUGUUCACGAAUUCCAACUGGUUUGCUUUCCAAGACAACAGAAUUGGCGAUGCAACUCUGAGGACAUCCCCCACUAAUGAUACAAUGGAUGAGAUCAACUUGAAUGGAACAUCAAGUAAUGGUAACAGCAGUAGUGAUGAUGAGGUGGUGGUUGGAGAAGAUGAGUUGUUGCCAGCUGAAAACAAAAGUUCUGCCAAUGUUGGUACAUUGAGUUCCACCUCAAAUGUCUUGAACGGAUUUGCUGGAAACAAUUCCAUAAAUAGGGAAGACCUGGUCCUGGACAAUGACAAGGCAAGUGCUUCUGGUGAUAUGGGUUUCUUCCGAUUUGAGACGCCAGAAAAUGAGGACCUAUUUGAAGACAGGCCUAUACCUGAAUGGGUGGGAUGGGGGGAUUCAUUGGAUUUUCAUGUUCGAGGAUCAAGUGUGAAUCCAUUUGAAGAUCCAGCCGACUCUAGCGUUGAGACAGAAGCAUUGCAUGUUAGUUCUCCAUCAAGUGGUGAAAUCAUACCUAAUGGCACGGCAAUUGCCAUGGACUUGGAUGAUAGACCUGUGGGAUCUGAUACAAGUCAGAGAGCUGCGACAGUACCGUCUUUGUUCGAAGAGGACGUUGAAUUUGUUGGGGUGGAAUUAGAGGGCACUGAAAAGGCAAUGGAACAGGCACUGAAGGAGGGGAUUGUUGGGGAAGCUGGACCAAUGAAGAGGAACGUUAUCCCCAAGAAGCCAGAGAAGGUGAACGUCGAUGAGAGUGGAUCAGGGGUAAAAGAGUUCAAUGACACGAACUAUUGGAGAGUUGAUCAAGAGGUUGCAGUUCUCGAGUAAUGGUCAGUUGAUCGUGUGAGAAAUUUUGAACCCCUGGAAAGUUGGAUGGGAAAGGCAAGGGGCUUAUGAGGCAGAGAUCAUGGUUUUAAGUAAUGGUAUUGAAAUGUGUCAGUAUCAGUGAUAUGAUCAUAUAUUGGCUGAUAUUGGAUGGUAUCAACUAAUAUAUUUGUGAAUGUCGAAAGCUCAAAAUCUCAUUACGGAUCGGCUGAUACAAUAGGUAACUGCUGAUAUUUAAAACCAUGGCUGAGAUAUGUACAGUAUAUUUUUGUUUCAAGUGGGCAAGUGGAUGGUAGGCUAUGUUGUGGUUAGUGUUUAUUUGUUGUCACAGUUGUUGUUUAUUAUUCAUGGUUUUGUUUUCUUGCAGUUGUUGAUUUAUGGGUUUUUACCAUUUCCUUAAUA